AUGAAGGCUAUUGGACGCCCACAUUUUCCUUCCUAUUGGUCUCUUGGAUUUCAGCUGUCCCGUUAUGGGUCUGACAGCCUUGAUGUGGUAAAGAAAACAGUUGAUCGCAUGCGGCAGUAUGGUAUUCCAUAUGAUCCUUUCCUAAGCAAGGAUGAAGCACCAGGUACUUAUUUGCCCUAUGAACUUGGACAAGAAAUGGGAAUCUGGGUGAACAAUUCUGAUGGAGUAACUCCAGCUGUUGGCAAGUCAUGGCCCCCAGGAGAUUCCGUGUUUCCUGACUACACUAACCCCAGGACAGCUGACUGGUGGAUCCAGAUGUGUAUUGAGUUCAAAGCUGACCUUGACUAUGACAGACUCUGGAUUGGGUUUCCAGGUGCCUGGUUUUCGACUGGAAAGUCUAAUCAAAAUGGGGACCUGACAGUGUCCGGAAUUAUCGAUUACUCUCUGGCUCAGAAGACAUUAUGUCCAGAUUCAAAAACUUAUCUGGGGGAUCAUUAUAACACACAGUCUCUCUUUGGCUGGUUACAGACACCACCAACUUUUGUUGCUAUUCAGAAGGCCACUGGAAAGCGAGCAUUCGUUCUGAGUCAUUCUACAUUUGUUAAAAGUGAAAAAUAUUCAGGUCACUGGCUAGGUGACAACUUUUCACACUGGAAAGAUAUGCACAUGUCAAUAAUUGGAAUGUUGGAAUUUAAUCUCUUUGGGAUUCCAUAUAUUGGUGCUGAUAUCUGUGGGUUUCUCCUUGAUACAACUUAUGAACUCUGCUUACGAUGGAUGUAACUUGGUUCAUUUUAUCCUUUCUCCAGAAAUCCUAAUAGAGAGGGCCAGAUGGUGUUAGUGAUGUUAUCAAGCAUUGCAGGGAAACAAUUAUUUGAAGGCAAAUGA